UUCUUUUUCUAAAUUUUCAUAAUUUUGUUCAACCACUUCACCGUUUAAACAAGGUGGCUUCUUCUCACUGGAAAAUUGUUCAUUAGAAGAAUCAAAUGAAUGAUGGCUCAGUUGCUCUCUCCAGUGUAUGCUGCUGAGGCUUUCAAAAUCCAGAAUCCUUCACUGAAUUGGUGGUCAAGUUCUAGAAGCUCAUGGCGCUUGCUUUCUAACAAGGUUGCAAGUUCUUGUAACUUUGUAACUCCACCACUUUGUGGCGGUGGCAAGAGAAGAGGUGGCAGUGAUAGCAGAGUUAGAGUUGCUGCUGAGGACUCAGUUUCUCGGAGUGAGUCUGUUGCUGAUGAUUAUUAUGCAGUUUUGGGCCUGCUUCCAGAUGCCACACCAUCUCAGAUCAAGAAGGCUUACUAUGAUUGCAUGAAGUCUUGCCACCCUGACUUGAGUGGCAAUGAUUCUGAGACUACGAAUUUUUGCGUGUUCAUCAAUGAAGUCUAUGCAGUGCUCAGCGAUCCCGUCCAGCGCAAGGUUUAUGAUGAAAUUCAUGGAUAUUCUUUGACUUCAAUGAAUCCUUUUGUGGAUGAUUCUUGCCCCAAGGAUCAUGCUUUUGUUGAUGAAUUCAGCUGCAUAGGCUGCAAAAAUUGUACCAAUGUAGCCCCUGAUGUGUUUGCAAUAGAGGAAGACUUUGGAAGAGCUAGGGUAUAUAGCCAAUGUGGGAACCCUGAAUUAGUUCAGCAGGCGAUUGACAGUUGCCCUGUAGACUGCAUUCAUUGGACAUCUGCUGCACAACUAUCAUUACUUGAAGAUGAAAUGCGUCGAAUAGAAAGAGUCAACGUAGCCCUAAUGCUUUCAGGAAUGGGAGGAGCAUCAUUCGAUGUUUUCAGAAUGGCUAGUUCUCGAUGGGAAAAGAGACAAUCGAAAGUCUUGGAACGAGCAAAAAUGAGAAUGAUGAAGCAGCAACGUUCUGAUAGAACAGACUCAUACUGGGAAAAUCUUUGGGGAAACCCGAAAGACUAUGAAAGUUCAGAAGAGGAAGUUAAAGAAAGAGCAAAAAGAGCUGCCGCGGCGGCACGAAGAUGGAGGGAGUACUCUAGAAAAGGUGUUGAUAAGCCUCCCACAUUCAAACUUCCAGAGGCAAGUUCAGGGAAGGACAGUUGAUCAGUACUUUCAGUAUACCUUCUUAAGUCAUUCAAUCCAAUGUAAUAUGUAAUUAAUUCAUUUGUUGCAUGGUUGUGAAACAACAAUUUGUAUAUGUAGCAACCUUGAUUAAGAUAAGAAGAUGAAUUCAUGAAGAUAUAGAUGAUUUAGAGUAAUAUACAUGGGAAAGCUAGAUUUAUAUAGUUA